ACUGCACAUGCAAACAAAUAAGUUAACUGUGCUUAAACAUACACACAUUCGUGAUAACACAAAACGAAUGAAUCAAUUACAACAAGUGUGCUGCAUGUGGCCCGCGUGAAUCGUAAUCGAAGUUGUGCGUGUGUGAAAUUUGCUUUUGUAGCAAAAAAAGGCGAGUAAAAAAAGUCGCAGUAUUAAUAGAACCAAUGCAAUAGGAACAUUAAAAGUCUAGUGCUAUGCGUCCGUGGAGCUUUACCAUGGGCGUCCUGACGCCCCAAGAUCGGGCCACACAACUUUGAUUUCAACUAGACCAACAAACAACAAUAGCAACAACAACAACAGCAGCGAAGACAACAACAAGUGGACAUAUUUUGGGUGCUGGUGCUUGGUGCUGAGCGCAACGUAUUCCCAAACAAAUGAGGGUGCAACACGUAACUAGCGAAGCAGCAGAAGCAGCCGCCAAUAGCAGGUUGCCCAACUAGACAUUAGCCAGCAGCAACAUCUUCAGCUCCACAGCAACUCCUAGCCAGGAAGAAAAAGAGAGCCCAGCAGCAGCAGCCGAAGCAGCCUGCCCCAAACAGGCGUUGGCGCAGAAAACCCAACCGAAAAUGUUACAAAACUCGAAUGCAGUUGCAGCGGUGGCAGCAGCAGCGCAGGCAGCGACGCCCAGCACAGCAGCCGCUGCGGCAGCGGCAGCGAACAAUGCAGCGAUAGCCGCGUCAUCGAUACAGCCAAAGCUGGUUGUCAUACGGAGGCGUCCGAAUCAGGGCUUCGGUUUUACGCUGCGUCACUUUAUUGCCUAUCCACCGGAAGAUGAUGCCGCCAGCUGGCCUCAGGAAGCGACAAACGCUGUCGGCGGCGGCAACGUUGGCGGCGGCAGCGGCGGUGUCGUCGGCUUGGAGCCAACGUCACCAACGUCGCUGCCGCCAUACCAAGUGAAAGCGAUGGAGACCAUUUUCAUCAAAGAGGUGCAAGCGAACGGACCGGCUCACUACGCCAAUCUACAGACGGGCGACCGGGUGCUAAUGGUGAACAACACGCCGAUCGCUGGCAUUGCCUACAGCACAAUUGUCUCGAUGAUCAAGCAGACGCCAGCGGUGCUAACGCUGCACGUUGUGCCCAAGGAGUGCGAUGUGCUGCAGAUGCAUUACACGAGCAUUGCCCACACGCCGGAAUCGAAUCGCCUAACGAUGUCCGCACAGGCGCCGCAACCGCCGCCGCCUUUGGCGGGCGCCCACGUCUCGCAUUCGCCGGCGCUGCUGGCAAAUGGGGCUGCCAUCAAGUCGACGUUUCCACAGCAACAGUUGAUCUCAUAUCCCGCUGUUGUCAAUAAUUCGUCUUCGUCUGUGUCCUCUGUAUCGCCAGCCCAGCCGCCACAGCCGCUGCAUGGCGGCACUAUAGCCAGUUACAUGGGUCGUCAGCCGAAAACAGCUGAAAUUUAA